AUGUUGGCUAGUGAAACAGCUGUCCAUCCAAAUCCACCACCCACUGAUCCAGUUCCAAGCAUUGCACAGCCACUACUGAUGGAUGUCCAACCAUCUGAUCGAAGGGCAGCUGGUACCACGCCGCAGUCUCCCAUUCAGGAACCUCCAAUUCCCACCCCAAACCUCUCCAGAACCCGCUCAUGGAUCGUGAUCGUCCAGCUUAGCGGCAUCAACUUCAUCUCGAGUCUCAGUGGCGGCCUGUUGACGAUUGGUCUUCCCAUCAUGGCUUCCAAUCUAGGACUCUCCGACAACCUCCGUGUUUGGCCCAGUGCCGUGUCUUCUCUCACGGGUGGUUCGUGUCUUCUUGUGGCAGGCUCACUUGCGGACGUCCUCGGGCCGCGAAGGGUGAACUUGCUAGGCUGCCUCUUCAUUGCAGUAUUUGUGCUCGCAUGUGGUCUAGCCCGCAGUGGUAUCGAGCUCAUAAUGUUCCGUGCCUUACAAGGAAUAGCCACAGCCCUCUUUGUGCCCUCGGCUGUUUCAAUGGUAUCGACAAACAUCGAGCAUGGAAGACCACGAAACCUCGGCUUCGCGUUCAUCUUCCUUGCCUAUCCUCUUGGAUAUGGCCUUGGACUGGCACUUGGGGGCGUCUUCGUCAAUACUGUUGGCUGGCGACCAGGGUUCUUCGCAGGGGGAACUACCGGUUUUCUGUUCUUCCUUGUCGGCAUCUGGACCCUUCCCAAAGACCCCAAUAUCAGCAAGAAAAGACUUUCGACAGAGAUCGAUUGGGUCGGUGCGCUAAUGGCAGGUAUUUGCAUCGCAACUUUCUCUUACGUACUGGCGGACUUGUCCGCCGAUACCGCCAAUAUCAAGAAGGCCGUUAAUAUAGUGCUGCUCAUCUUCAGCGUGGUGCUGGCAUUGGCCUUUCCGGCAUGGAUGCGAUUUCGCGAAAGACAACAGAAGCCCGCUCUCAUGCCCAAUUCUCUCUGGAAGAAUAAGUCAUUCACAAGCGUCUGUCUCAUGGCUCUCAUUUCCAAUGCAGUCGUGACCUGUAUGGGACUUUUCUGUAGUCUGUUUUUCCAGAACAUCCAACUUCUUUCCGCCAUUGAGGCCUCCGUGCGUAUACUGCCUCAAGUGGCCAUUGGUACAACUCUAUGCAUCCUCUCCGGAAUGCUCAUCAACAAGCUUCCGGUUCUGGCCGCCGUGCUCACGUUGACCGUCCUGUGUGCCAUCGCACCUCUUCUCAUGGCAGUCACUGAUCCGACAUGGCCGUAUUGGUACAGCGCCCUGUGGGCACAGCUCCUCACGCCGCUUAGUAUCGACAUUACGCUCACGAUCGGGACGCUUAUCGUGACUGACGUCUUCCCUAUCCACACUCAAGCUUCAGCUGGAGCGGUAUUCAAUACUUUCUCGCAACUAGGAGCGUCGGUUGGGCUUUGUGUACUGUCGGUGAUAUCGACCAAUGUCACAAACAAAUCGGAUACAAAAUCCCCUCAAGCGCUCCUCGCGGGUUACAGAGCCAGCUUCUGGACGUUGUUUGCCUGGACUCUGACUGCUUUUCUCAUAGGGACAGUGGGUUUGAGGAAUCUUGGAAAGAUUGGGAGGAAAAAGGACUGA